CCGGCAUCUCUAGGCCAAUCCAACCACACAAUCAGUCAAGAUGUUUAUGGCAAGAUCUGAAUACGACCGGGGCAUCAACACCUUCUCCCCCGAAGGUCGUCUCUUCCAGGUGGAAUACUCGCUCGAGGCCAUCAAGCUCGGGUCGACCGCCAUUGGAAUUGCAACAUCCGAGGGCGUCAUCCUCGGCGUCGAAAAGCGAGUCACAUCCUCCCUCCUCGAAACCUCCUCCGUCGAAAAGAUUGUCGAGAUCGACCGCCACAUCGGCUGCGCCAUGUCCGGCCUCCAGGCCGACGCCAGAUCCAUGAUUGAGCACGCCCGCGUCGAGUGCCAGAGCCACGCCUUCAACUACAACGAGUCCCUCAGCGUAGAGAGCUGCACCCAGGCGAUUUGCGACCUUGCCCUGCGCUUCGGAGAGGGCGCUGACGGAGAGGAGACCAUCAUGAGCCGGCCCUUUGGUGUUGCGCUCCUCAUUGCCGGCUUCGACGAGAACGGUCCUCAGUUGUUCCAUGCAGAGCCCAGUGGCACAUUUUAUCGGUUUGACGCCAAGGCUAUUGGAUCGGGUUCUGAGGGAGCGCAGGCAGAGCUGCAAAACGAAUAUCACAAGUCCUUAACAAUCGCCGAUGCGGAGACACUGGUUCUCAAGACUCUGAAACAAGUAAUGGAGGAGAAGCUAGACUCCAAAAAUGUGCAGCUAGCCAGUGUCACCAAAGACAAGGGCUUCAGAAUAUACACAGACGACGAGAUGGCGGCUGUCGUCGAUCGGCUACCAUCAAACUAAUCAACAACGAUACGCGUAACGAGAAUAGAAAAUAACUGCAUCAAUACUGCUAGGUACUACCACGUAGGUAGGCAAGAUACAUGCUAGAGUACCAGAUAUCUCAAUGUCAGAAAGCAAACAAG